GGAAUCAGGACUGGAGUAAACUGGUCCCAGCUGAAGGGGACUGUGACUGUUAAGUUAGAAGAUCAUCGAACCAUGUGAGGGUCAAUAAAAGAGUACGGUCACUGGUUAGCGAUUCCAGGAUGAGGAACUUGAACCUGGCUCAGUAUCUGUGUGCCUAUGUGCUGCUCACCACCGAAGCGAGAGAGCGCUGGAUCCAGGGAAGCCUGCUGUUCCUCAGGAUGGCUUCUGGAAGGAUAAUUAAGCUUGUGGUUUUUGAGCUCCUUGAGUUUGCUGCUUUCUGCAUCCCCACACUUGUGAUUAUGGAGCAGUUUGCCACUGCCUACCACAGGGCAAGGAAUAUGUCCGAGAGAACAUGGUAUUGGCUGACCGUUUCCUGUUCUAUUGCUUACGUGGCUGUGGUGACUCUGUUGAUCUGGGUUCCCGUAAAAGUUCUUUUAUACAAGAAGUGCCAUCUUUACAAAAAGGUUACCGGAUGGAGACCUGUUCUGAUGAUGUGUGUAGUGCUCACUACACUUCCCAGCUUUGGCUUUUCUAUAGCAGUCACUGAGGUGCAAAAGAGCAGCAACGGGUCCGUUGAUUUAUUACCUGAUUCCCUACCAGACCUGCCCGUGUCUCUGGUUCUGCUGUCCUUGAUCGUGGUUGACAUCAUUGAAAAACUCAGGAUAUAUCCUCUCAGAGGGAGGGAAAGGAGUGACAAAGACAGGCACAUCCAUACGACCACUUUGCAGGAAAUAAAAACUGUGACCGAGCAAGUGGGGCAGAAUGAAGGAAAUCCUGCGCUUUCCCAGGCAGCCAAGACCCCUGGGACGUCACAACCACUGAGCCACGUCGUCCUGGGACCUCAAGAGCCCUCCUUUGACUCUGGAAUCCUGAAGACAAUGUCCCGGCGAGACUCGCGGGCGGAGAUAUUCCUGUGGAGCUUUCUGCGGUGGUCUGACACCAUAGAAAUGGUGCGUGUGGCUGGUCACCCCAACGUGUACAAAUCAGGCUGGCUGUACCCGGUCUACAUAUUCAGUUUUCUUUCUGUGCUUCGAAUUAUAUUCACUCCCCAAAACCCUCUGCUCAAUUCCUUGGGCAUCCUGCUGCAGGAUUUACCCUUUGUCUUUGUUAGAUUUAGUUUAAUCAUUGCUUUGGGAACCAUCACUCCCAUAUUAGGUCUCUGUAAAAAUAUACUAGUGACCCUCUCUUAUGUUUACUUCAAUUAUUUAACCAAAUUCAGGCCUUUCUCCAGCUUUGAAACGUCUCUGCCUUAAAAAGAAAAUGUAAGAUCGACUUUCUCAUUAUGGUUAUAGGACCAUUUCGAAUAAUAUUUUCCUGGGCUUAAGCUUUGGUACUAUAUAAAUAAAGCACAGAUUGUAGUGAAUAAACCAUUUUUGAUAAAUAGCUUAUCAGUUUCUUAUGUUUACAGAUGGUGCUAAAUUUAAACAAAGUUAUAUUGUGGUAAAUUGGCUCUGUGAGCCUCUAGAGAAUGUUAGCAAUUAAUUUUAGUUAUAUCUAUUGGAUUUUUUUAAUCUGAAAAAACAAUCUUGAAUGGAGCAUUUUUAGAAAAAUGAGAGCAUGUUUCUCCUCUAAGUUAAAUCAAGAAAGAGGCAUUUUUUUAGAAAAUAACACCUGAACUUAUUGAAAAGUUGUAGAUUAUUUUUGUUUUUAAAAAUCUGAAAAUUGUAAUUUCAGGAUGUCCAUUUUUUUUUAAGGAUCUCUU